AUGCCGCUCACCGCAGCUGAGGUUCUCGCGCAUCCUGCGUACAACACUGUACAUUGGGACUUGCCGCCUGCGAAGCAAGGGAAGUGUGCUGUCGCGAACGGUCGCGCCGGAGGACCUUUCAACAUCAACUACGAAGUACACGGGACCGGCGAUGUCAAGCUUGUGUGGAUAAUGGGCCUCGGAGCCUACCGAACAGCAUGGAAACGGCAAACCAAGUACUUUGGCCACGAGCGGUCGUCACGGUACUCGUCCCUCGUCUUCGACAACAGAGGCAUGGGCCUCUCGGACAAACCGAGCUGUCGCUACUCGACGACCGAAAUGGCAAAGGACGUACUCGACCUGCUCCGUCAUCUGGGCUGGCUCCCACAACAGGCGGAUUCGACAUCGACACCGACCACCUCCCCUGCCGGACACGACGAGAGAAAUCUACACAUAAUCGGCGUCAGCAUGGGCGGCAUGAUCGCGCAGGAAGUCGGCCUGCUCGUCCCCUCGCACGUCGCGUCGCUGAGCCUGGUGUCGACGGCGCCUCGGCUCGUGCGCACGAUCCCCUUCAUCGAGAACCUCAGACAGCGCAUCAACAUGUUCAUCCCGCGCGACAUCGACGUGCAGCUCGACGAGGUCGCCCACCGCCUGUUCUCGGACGACUUCCUCGCGCUGCCGGACACCGAGCAACCGCCCGGCUCGGGCCUGAAUUACCCUACGAACCGCGACCGGUUCGCGGCGGGCGAACUGGACAAGCGCCGCGACAAGGAGGGCUUCACGAGGAAAGGCUUCAUGUUGCAGGCUAUAGCGGCCGGGUGGCACCACAAGAGCACGGCUCAGAUCGCCCGGUUAGGGGACGAAGUCGGCAGAGAGCGUAUCGCCGUGCUGCACGGCACCGCGGAUCGGAUGAUUACGUUUUAUCAUGCGGAGUUGUUGAAGGAUGAGCUGGGCCAGGGAAUCGAGUACAAGGUCUGGAAGGGAAAGGGGCAUGUCCUGAUGUGGGAGGAAGAGGAUGAGUUUAAUGGCUUCCUAGAGGAGUUCUUCGCGCGGUGUGAUGGACUCGGACGUUAG